AUGACGUUGAUUAGCACUAUUCUGGAUAACCAGGUACUUUUGACGACAGUCAUUGGUUUAGCAGUGCUUCUGCUUCUAUCUACCUCAUUAGUGUUCUUUGUUGGUAGUAGUGGGUCUAGUAAACUCUCAAGCAAGAAGCCUACUUUCCUAAUUGUAGGCCCCUCUUAUGGUGGAAAGACAAGCCUCUUUAACUAUUGGACCAGCGAAAUUAUUAAGAGGAAAUCAGAAAGUGAUGAAGGUGUUGGGAAAAUUAAUACAGUAUCUGCGAGUGAAACUGUGACAUCUCAGUCUCCUAAUAGAUAUGAACAUUUGAGACUACCGUUUGGAUCAGAUGAACCAGUUGAUACGGAGUACACAAUUGUGGACCUACCCGGUCACCCUAAACUGUGGCAUUUUACUGUUGAAGAGGUGGAGAAGCACCGCAGUAAUCUUGUAGGAAUUGUUUAUGUGAUUGAUGCUGCCAGUGGACAGAGUGGGAUAUCCAAAGCAGCAAGCAACCUGUAUCAACUCCUCCAACUUACAGAACGUCGAGCAGGAGGAGUCAAUAUCCUUAUUGCAAGCAACAAAUCAGAUGUCUUCAAUGUUAUUUCAACUAGUCGUUUAAAAACGUUGCUAGAAUCGGAGAUCAAUGAUUUAAGAAGCAGUCGAGAACAGACUGUUGACGAGGUCAAGAUCAAUGCCAAGGGACAAGAAGCAAAUGAUAGCGAGGAGAUAUCUUCCAACGCAUGGAUUGGCAAGGAUGGUAAAGACUUUGAAUUUUCCCAGCUCGAGGGUGAGGUUGAUAUUCUUGAUGGAAGCGUAAAGUCCAGCCGGACCUCAAAAUGGGAGACCUGGCUGGCAGAAAAAGCUCUCAAUUCUUUUUAG